AUGAAGCGCAGCAACCUCGCCUGUGGCAUUCUCUUGGCACUUUCGCGUAUGGGCGUUGUUGCGUGCCAUGAUCUGACCGAAUCAAGCCUGCUUCAGUCGACAAAUCGAUUGCGAAGACGAUCCUUGACUUUGGAUGGCACACCGCCUCCAACGGCACCACCGACACAAGGAGCGCUUUACGUUACUAUUGAUGGUACAGUCUUCAGCGGCGAACACACUGAUAACGGUGAAAGCCCUUCCAAUGACCAUGACAUCAUUGCCAUUCGCCGAGACAGCGCUACUCACGUGCCAAGCUCAUCAUCCCUCGACGGUACUAAGCGUCUCGCCAUUAUCGCAGUGAGUCUAUCUUCCGCCUUCGCAGUUUUGAUGCUCGGAAUGGCUGCUUGGACAUGGCGAAAAUACCUGUUCAUUCCAAUAGGAUCCACCAGCCCUGGCGACGCAGAAGAGUUCCAAGAAGACGAGUUGCGAUUAGACGUAAAGCAGCCCCAACACAAGAGCGCGAAAGCCGGUGUUUCGAUCCUUCGGAACCGCAAAGCAGAGGUUACUACUGUCUACCACGCAGAGCGCAGGGUACGGUUCCAUCUUCCAGGGAGCCCGGCUGCGAUUGAACAGGGUUUUUUCGAGACUGGCGAAUUCGAUGAGGUUGUCAUAGUUGAUCCCAAACUGAUCACUCCCAGGAAGAUUAAGGGAAUACAACAAUUUAGGGUAUCCGUUGAGGAUGGCCAUACACAACCUCAGACCGUCCCAACGCCACCGCCGGAUCCUAUGAGGGACUUUGGGAAUGCAGGGAUUGCGCCACGACCUGUCAUCCGAAACGAUACCGACACGUGGGUGUCGAGAAUUAUGCACCCAUGGCUUGAUUCGCAAGUGUGUUGUCAGCAGCAAUGGGGUACAUUCAGCUGUGGCCCACAGGACAAGUCAGGCAUAGGCGAAUCAUUCGCGGAUCAUGCUACGUUUGCCACCAACAGCUUUGAGUCCACGACGUCUUCGAAACUACAUGACACCUCUUCGGUGACUCCUAUGCUGCCAUAUUAUCCUACCAGUAGCAAAGUCAGCGAAGGGGGUGAUAACAAACAGGCCCGAGAAGACGAGAAAGAACGCGAAGAAUCUUUUCCAGGCUCGGUGCUUGGAAUCACGAGUCGCCACGAUGCUUCGGAUCAGGCCGAGGAGGAUGGCCUCGUCGUCGAAGAGGCUUUCAGUUGCCGGAAACGUUCACGAGUGUCUUCACCGCCUCGUGACAAUGAGUGGGGUAAAGAGCAAGGGUAUGUUCCUUCAGCUCAGCUUACAUGGCGCAAGAGACAGUGGGUGAACCUUGACGCAAAACGCAAGCGAACCGGCAACAAUAGGGUUCUCGAAGAUAUUCAGAACAAUCCUGUGCAAGACGAGUUCGACUUGGAGAGCGACUCUAGUGGAUACGAGCACGGUUUAUACGGCCGCUCCAGGCAGAUGGCGGAGAUAUAG